AGCUGCGUGCAGUUCCUACCCCUCUGCUCCUUGAACCAGCAGUAUCUUUUCCAUCCCCAUUCAUUCAAGGGUCUCAUGCUUUGAUGAGCGUGAUCUCCACCUUUCGGGCUUUCGUGCACGCUGCAUUUAAGGACCUGUAUCUCAACAAAUCCAGACGGCAACAUUGAUCUCAUCCCUGGAGGCUUACUUGAACAAGGAUUACACAGAUUCAUCAGGGCGAACCAUUCAUGACUAAAGAUCCACACAAAAGCUGCACUAUGAAGGUACUUUUACUACUCACCCUGCUGACGUUAUGUCACGCAAAACCAUACAUGCCUAUCAAUGUCAUGGAUUUCGUCAAGCAUCAUGACAUCAUGCAACAAGAUGCGGGUGAUUAUGAUGACGACGAUGAUGAUGACGACGAUUACCACGAUUAUGAUGAUAACUUUGUGUCGGACUGUCCCGAAGGGUGUCGGUGCUCAAAGAAAGUUCUCCAGUGCUCAGAUCAGGGUCUGACCAAGGUGCCAAAGGACAUUCCUGCAAACACGUUGCUCGUCGAUCUCCAAAACAAUGACAUCACGGAAAUCAAGGAAGAUGAUUUCAAAGGCUUGGAUAAUCUCUAUGCCCUGUUUCUGCUCAACAACCAGAUAUCAAAAAUUCACCCAAAGGCCUUUCGCAACAUGGACAAACUCAAGAUUCUCCACCUGUCAUACAACUUGCUGACACAAAUGCCCGAGAAUCUCCCCAAGAAUAUUCAGGCGUUGCGACUGCAUGACAACAAGAUCAGCAGACUUCCAAAAGGAGCAUUUAAGGGAAUGCAAAGCUUAAAUGUUUUAGAACUGAGCGCAAAUCCAAUUGCAAACAGCGGGAUUGAAGCCGGAGCUUUUGACGACAUGGCGACUCUCUACUUGAGAAUAGCUGAAGCAAAGCUAACAGCUGUUCCUAAAGAUCUCCCAUCUUCCCUUACCGAACUUCACUUGGACUACAACAAGAUCGCCAAAGUGGAGUCAGAGGAUUUUUUGAGAUUAAAAAGUCUACAGAGGUUGUGGCUCGACUUCAAUCAAAUCAAGUAUGUGGAGAACGGAAGUUUCGCUGGCAUUCCCAAAGUCAGAGAAAUUCAUUUGGACAACAAUAAACUGAAGAAAGUUCCUCCAGGCUUAAACAACCUGAAAUAUUUGCAGGUGAUGUACUUACACUCCAACAGCAUCACUUACGUUGGAGUAAAUGACUUUUGCCCUUCGAGAACCCGGGUUAAGAAAACCCUCUACACUAGGAUCAGUUUAUAUGCAAACCCAGUGAAAUACUGGGAGAUUCAGCCACCCACUUUCCGGUGCGUAUCCAGCCACAACUCGGUGCAACUGGGCAACAACAGAAAGUGAGCGAAACGUACCAUCUUGCCACUGGAGGGCAGAAUUAUAGUCAUGAACUUCAUUCUAAUUUUAUAAAUUAUCAUUUCAUGUCCUCAUGGUGACGUGCAGAACAUAACUCGUCCAAAAUCCAAGAGCAUCCGCAGAGGCUACAGACUCAUUACUUGAAUUUAGAGAGGAUUUCGAAGACUUUGAAUUCCAGUAAAGAAAGAAUCAACUACAAUGUGUGCAAUAGUUACAUAGGUUUUCAUAGUUAAUGUUUACAUUGAAAUCUUUUCGACUUUAUAAAAGCUAGAACAGUUUUUUUUAAGAUCAGGUGCUGAGUAAAUGUGUCCCUUGUGUAUUGAAGAUCACUAGCUUAAAAGGAACGACUGUCUAGACUCAAAGAAAAAAUGAAUAAAAUUCACAAGGUCAGUUCGUUCGUUGUUCUACUUGUAUUUUAGAGAAUGGGCAUUACUCAUUGGUGCUUAUUAAUAGUUUUAGUGAUUACAAACAAUUAUAUUGCAUGCAAAAUUUUCAUUAUAUAACGUUUUAUUCAUUGCCAGUGCUUUCUCCAAAAAAAUGGACUUGGACAUUCUUGUCAGGUCACAGAAAUACAGAAAAAUUGAUUCGUAUGGACAAUGGUCGGUUGCAGUUUACACAACUGUAAUUGCAUUGCAACCAGUGUUUUUUUCGUAGUCAGCGGUGCUGUGUUAUUUGUUUCCAAUUUAGAUAUUGUUGUUUCUUUAGAAAAAUAAAGAAAAAUGAAAUUAAAUCUC